AUGCCCACCAUCCUCCUUGUCGGUACUCUCGACUCCAAAGGGUCCGAACUGUGCUUCAUCCAGCGCCAGAUUCAACAACUCGGUGUCUGCUCCGUGCUUCUGCUCGACGUCGGUCGGGGUGCCAACACAACACCCACUAGCAAUACCGAUGACGAGAGCAAUAAUAACACCAACAUCAUCACCAUCCAGCCUCCUCUCUACCACCCCCCCCUCUCCCGCCUAUCACGGGCCGACUACAUCGGCGCCGUAUCUGAAUAUGCCACCGUACAAGUCACCGAACUCUACCACGCGCACCGCAUCCACGGCAUCGUAGGCAUCGGCGGAUCGUGCGGCACGAACAUCGCCACGACGGUGAUGCGACGGGCCCUACCGGUGGGAUUCCCCAAACUGAUGGUCUCGACCAUGGCCAGUGGUAAUGUACGAGCGUAUAUCGAGGAGACAGAUAUUACAAUGAUGUACACCGUGGUCGACAUCGCCGGCACGAACUCCAUUCUCAACCGGAUCCUGAGCAACGCGGCGGCUGCGAUUAACGGGAUGACGGUGUCGUUCUACUCCUCCACACAGACACAAAAGGAGAAAUCCACACUCACAGGUCCCAACCUGAAGCGCAUCCGCAUCGGCAUCACCAUGUUCGGAGUGACCACCCCCGCGGUGGAUCGUAUACGAGAGUACUUCGAAACGCACCACGUUAACUACGAAGUCUACGUAUUCCACGCCACAGGCGCAGGGGGGAAAGCGAUGGAACGACUCAUCCGGGAGAGACAGCUGGACGCAGUGCUAGAUCUAACCACCACAGAGGUGGUGGAUGAACUACUAGGAGGGGUGCUCAGUGCUGGGACAUGUCGACUGGAUGCCGCGGCGCAGACGGGGAUCCCGCAGCUGGUGAGCGUGGGAGCCUGCGACAUGAUUAAUUUCGGACCUCGGGACGAACUACCCUCAGAGUUGGCCCGUCGAUGCAUCUACGAGCAUAAUCCCACGGUCACGCUGGUGCGCACCACGGCGGAGGAGUCCCGUCGUGUGGCGCGCUGGAUGGCUGGUAAGUUGCGCAGUGCGGUGCGGCCGGAUCGCGUGCGCCUGCUCUUGCCUGUCGGCGGUGUCAGUCUGCUGGAUACCCCGGGUCAACCCUUUCAUGAUCCCGAGGCGGACGAGGCUCUGUUCACAACGCUCGAGGCCGAGCUGCACGGCACGGGCAUCGCUGUCGCUCGCCAUCCGAGCAGCAUCAAUGAGGACUUUGCUGUGGCUGCAGCGCAGGAGCUGGUCCGCCUCAUUGCAAUGGACUGA